AGAUGUGGUUAACCGUGCUAAUCGUCGUAUUAGCAAUAUGCUUGUUCCUAUACCUGGAUACGGUUAAACCUAAAAACUUCCCACCUGGCCCAAAAUGGAUCCCGAUCUUCGGAAGCGCGUUAGAAAUAUACCGGAUGCGCCAAAGAACAGGGUAUCUUUAUAAAGUAUUCAAGCAGAUAUCUGAAAUGUACUGCAAAGACAGUCCUCUGCUUGGACUUAAAAUAGGCGUGGAUAGAAUAAUAAUGGUCAACGGAUUAGAUGCUCACAAGGAAAUGAUGUUCAACGAAGACUGCGAUGGAAGACCCAACACCAUCUUCUACACGACAAGAACUUGGGGCUUGAGAAGAGGCGUUCUUCUGUCCGACGGAGAACUCUGGAAGGAACAGAGGAAAUUCCUCUUAAAACAUUUGAAAGAGUACGGCUUUGGACGGAAAGGGAUGGCAGACAUAGCCAGCUUCGAAGCAGCGCAUAUGGUUAAGGAUGUUCGAGCGCUCAUUAAAAGUAAUAAAGAAGGAGGGGUUAUACAUAUGCAUAACUUCUUUAACGUGUAUAUUUUGAACACCCUAUGGUCUAUGCUUGCUGGAUUGAGAUACGAACCUACUGAUCCACAGAUGAUAGUCCUACAGAAGCUGUUAUCUGAUCUUUUUAGCACCAUCGACAUGGUGGGGACAGUUUUCAGCCAUUUUCCCAUUCUUAGCGUGUUUGCUCCUUCAAUGUCUGGUUAUAAAAACUUCGUGAAAACUCACGAGAGGAUUUGGAAGUUUUUGAGAGAGGAACUGGAAAGGCAUAAGCAGGAUUUUGAUCCUGAGAAGCCGGAUAAGGACUUUAUGGAUGUUUAUAUCAGAGUUCUGAGGUCCAAGGAGGUUCCUAACACGUAUUCCGAAGGUCAACUGGUGGCCAUUUGCAUGGACAUGUUCAUGGCCGGCACGGAGACGACCAGCAAGAGCAUGAGCUUCGGCUUCAGCUACAUGGUGCGAGACGUGGAGGUGCAGAGGAAGGCCCAGGAGGAGAUUGACCGCGUCGUCGGCACCAGCCGACCGCCGCAUCUGGACGACCGGCCUAACAUGCCGUUCUGCGAAGCGAUAGUUUACGAGAGCGUACGCCAUUUCAUGGGCCGCACGUUCAGCGUGCCUCACCGUACGCUGCGGGACACCGUGCUCGCCGGCUACAACAUACCUGGGGACACAAUGGUAGUCGGCAACUUCACGAACAUCUUAAUGGACGAAUCUCUGUUCCCCGACCCCCACUCCUUCCACCCCGACCGUUUCAUCACCAACGGGAAAAUUAACGUGCCCGAACAAUAUUUCCCGUUCGGCUUAUCCAAACACCGGUGCAUGGGAGAGGUGCUGGCCAAGUGCGAGAUCUUCGUGCUGACGGCGACGCUGCUGCAGAAUUACACGUUUCAUCCGAUAGAGGGCGAGAUGCCGCCGCUGGAGCAUAUAGAUGGCGCCACUCCUGCCGCUGCUCCGUAUAAUGCGAGAGCGGUUCCUAGGUCACACGUAGUGGAGAAGUGGUGUAGAGAAGAAUAA